CAAAUGUUGUUUUCGUGUUUAUAACACCAUCACGGUACUCUUAGAACUCUUUCACAUUCAAGAGACAAUCUCUGGGAUAAACAGAAAGUUGCAGAACAUAUCAUAAAAAAAUAUCAUUUAGAUGACAGUUCAUGAUAACCUGAAAAAUUUUAGGCUUGAAAGAAUUCUAUGUUUCUAAUUCCAUUUGUGGUAGUAAGCAUAAUAUUCAUAUACACACAUAAUAUGUUUGACAUGCAGCUGUAAUUUCGUUCGCAAAUGUCUACUUUCGUUUCGCAACCACAUCAAAUCAAAAUUCAUACUUACCAAUUUGCAUAUAAUGCACCACCAUAACCGCACGGAAUUGUGGGUAUUCAAGUUGGUUUGUUUAGGCUCUCUGAUUGGUCGAGCCCAGCGUGAGUUUCGUCCGCCGCUCUUAGAGGCAGUAGUUACCGUGUUGUCCUUUCCCCUAUUCAAGAUUUUACCCAGUGAUCACGGUCUUCGUGGUUAAAGCACGUUUCAGUCUUUGUAACAUGACAGUAAACAUUGCAGAUUACGUAGGCUGUAGUGUUUAUCAGGUGGUUCAGGCGUAUGUGAAAAUUGCAAUGCUGUGUACUACUGUCACGAAAUUUUUUUAGGGUUUAGUGCUUGGCUCCCUUAUUCUGUCCACAGUAUUGCAAUCGAAGUACCUGUCAGAAUGCCCGUACAAAACUUGCUAGAUAUUAAUGCUGAUAAAUUAUUUGAAGAGUUUACUAUUUCAGAAAUCUUGGAAACACAAAAGAAGUUACAGACAGAAAUAGAGAGAAAAAGAGAGGAAUUACGGACUAUGGUUGGUGAAAGGUAUAGGGAUCUAAUUGAAGCUGCAGAUAGAAUUGCAGACAUGAAACAAACUGCGGAGGGCAUAAUUUCCCAUAUUGAGAACAUGAGCAGCAAGUGCCUACAGCUACAGCAGAAACACCUAUUAGGCUUCAAAUUGAAUCCAAGCAGUUCUAAAACUGAAAGGGUUUCAGUGAAUAAAGCUUAUCAUUCUGUUGCCAUCCAAAUAAAAAUUCUAAUGGAUAUUCCAGAACAAAUUUGGAGCGCUGUUGAAGGAGGAAACUAUAUAUUGGGUGCUCAGUUGUUUUUGUUUGCAUGCCACAUUAACACAGGUCUGCAGUUAAAUUCAGGUGUAGAUGAUGUCUUGAACUCCAGCAAGGUGAUGCUGUGGUUUCCUGUGAUAUCAAGGCAGUGGAGUACCAUCAGCCACUUCCAAAGUGCUAUUCUCUUUGGCUGUCAGAAUAUGCUGCAGUCUCUCACCUUAUCUCCAGAGGAUGCAUCGAGCUGUUUGAGCACAUUGGUUUUGUUGCAAGGCAUGAACUCCUUGGAGCUGCUGAAUAAACUGCUGGACCUGCACAAACAAGCUCUUCAAGAUGUAUUGCAGUCUGCUGGGCAUGAUAGUGUGAAGGUCCGUGUGUGUAAAAGUUUGAAGCUUCUCAUGCACACUCUCCAUCUAAUUCAUGCCUGCUUUCUUGAUGACAGCCAAGAUUCAUCCAACCCUGAAGGAUUAGUUUUGAAACAGCUGAAGAGCAUUGUGGGACGUGAUGCCCCACCAUCAAUCAAUCUUGUUGAUUUGAAAGACUCAGUAGCUGCAAAGUUUUUACCUCCACUUAUUCAAGAAUUCAGGCCUUCCACAGCAGAACCAAUGAAUCCAGUGUCACCAGGGGACAUUCGGGAGAAUGUGACUCGUUGGCUUGACUGGGUGCGGGACUUUGUCCAGCAGCAAGUGACAUCACUGCUGAGUUUGGUGAGCUCGGUACAGGGCCUAGAUAGUAUACGUGAGGAAGCUAGUAGCAUUGGAACAGUUGGGAACUGGGACAUCAUGUGCCAGCAGCUGCUGCUUCCUCGCAGUCUGAAUCUAUGGGAUGCCUAUUUCCAGCCACUCAUCACCCAAAGGGCAAAGUGCCUUAUAUCCCAGCAGUGGAGUACAGCCCUUGCACAGCUGCAGUCUACACUUGCCACUGUUACUCAGGGCAGUACACAGGAAAAGAGCAGCCAACCAGAGCAUGAUCUCCGCUGGUUUAUAUGGAAGGAAUGGGGCAGUGAUCUUCCUCAGGGAGAGAACAGUCAGGAUCAGCAGCAAAAGAGAGGUUUGCUGAUGAAAACUAGAGGCUAUUCACCAUGUGUGGAAGGCCUGUGUGCUGAAUUUGACUCACAGCUCUUAGCAUUACUCCAGGAUCUGCAACAUUAUCUGCAGAACAGCGUUGUGGCCCCAAACAAGUUGACAGAUAGAAAUGAGCUACAGGACCAUCUAAAGACAUGUAGCAUGGAGAACAUUCAGCAGUUGAUUCAGUUCAUCAAGGUCCAGUGUUUGACUGAAGUGGGGGAGAAGAAAGUAAACCCUGGUAGUAUCAUUAUGAUAGCACGAUUCCUGCAGGCACUAUGUGACCUUUGUCCCAAUUUGCAAAAGUGUUUUGCCCUCAGUCAAAGCAGUAACACCUUGAAGAUUGUUGUAGGGACUCCACCUGCAUCGUCUCCAUGGCAAGAUGCAUGUUUACUACUCAGGCAAGAGAGUGUGGCAACAUGGCAACAGUGGCAGUAUUUAAUUUCCAGUAAGCUGCUGGAAUUAACGAAGUCAAAACUCAGUCAUCCUCAACAUCUCUGCAGUCUCCUUCACUCUAUUCCGCAGUGGGAUGUUGUUAGUAUUGAGGAAGAAGCAGAGGAGGGUCGGAGUAUUCGCUCGGACAUCAGAGUUCCAGCACAACCAAGUCUCCCACUCCAGUCACUGCUGAAUUCCAUGGCCCAGAUGAUCAAUGCUGUGGCACCACACACAUUACCAAGAAAGAUCCAUCAGGAUUUGGUAGAAAGCCUAGUUGACAACAUACUGGGACAGUAUCAUGAAGUUGGCAACACUGCACUCAUCUCUCAGGCACAGGCCCUGCAACUCCUGCUGGAUGUCAGAUAUCUCACAAUGCUGCUUGUUCCACGAGACAACAAGGCGCUGAUGGCAAAGUCUCAGCUGAUAAGUGACAAGUUUGAAGACAAAAUUGAUCCAUUUGACUUGGACGUUUUUUCUCCGUACAUUCAGAACAAUAUUAAGAGAAGUGUUCAAAGAACUCAGAGUUUGCUAGGUGUAUUGGUUGCAUGGCCAGAGAAGGUAGCAGUUGUGUCUGGGCUACGGGCACCCACCAGCACCACAGUUGAGGAUCCAAGUGUGCUCUCACUCUGCGUUAAUGCCCCCUGGUUCUCUCUCCUGCCCGUCACUGGUCCACCUGGUGCUCGUGUUAUGAGUAGCGUCCCUCAAAUCCACACAGACAAGCCUCAGCGCAAGAAAUCAAGUCCAAAACCAAAAACUGACCAGACUACUGGUGAAUUGGUAAGGUCAGGAGCAGCAGCAUUCUUUGGUGCAAUGAGCUCAGACUGGUUUGGAUCCAGCUAGGUUUUUAGAUAUGUCCAGGUGAGUACUUCUGCUACAGAUAUGAGCAUCGUUAUUUCGCAGUCCAUCCUGUAAUAAAUGGGAAUGAAAUUAUACAAUGCACAAGUCAUUGAUAGUGACCCUUGCUAUUAAUCAGAGGGGAUUCACCGAACAAUUGUCACUAGAUUAUUAUUUUUAGUGUAUUUAUGCAUAGCAGGUAAUAUCACCAAGUAUAAAACAAGAAUAGAAAAGUGUGCCCCAUUUUGUAACUGCACCUAUUUUCUGAAUGAAUUUAUUAUGAUUUUAUGUAUUUUAUUUUCCUUGAUAUUCAUUUAUUGCUGAGGAAUAUCUUGGAGUGGGACAAUUAAAUCUACAAUCUGUUAUUUCUCUGAAACAGGUUAAGUUCUUCACUUCAAUGAUUUUAUUUAUUGGAUCACAUUUAAUUUUGUUAUAUUCAUAAUAAGAUUUAUUUAAAUUGUAUGUAACUAUAUAUUGAUAUAAUCUCAUAAACCAAUGUCCUCAGCCAUCUAUUAAGUGAAUAUAAUUCAUGUAGUGAAUCACGUUGAUUUUCAUUAUUUUAUUGGUAUAAAUUACUUAAACUGUGAAAUAAAUUACUAUUUACAUGUA